UUACUAACCCUUUUUUUUAUAAUACCCUCAUAUAUGCGUUAUCUCCCACAUACCACACCACGUGGUCUUCUCCUCACUAUCUGAGUUGGACAUUUUUUUUCCAUCAUCUUCCCUUAUUUUCUAUUUAUACCCCCUCUUCAUCUUUCUCUCUCCUCAAAACUCUUUCUUUUUUCCCUUUUUCUUUAAAAAUCCCCACUUUUUCUCUCUAUAAAGUUGGGAAAAAAACACAAACUUGUACAAAUAGGAGAACACUAAACAUAAACACCAUGAUGAAUCCAGCAUUAACAAAUCCUUGUACAAAAUCUGAUUGGGCCCAAUUAGCUUUCAAUUCGAGCCCGAAGAAGGCUAUGAUUUGUACAAGAAAACUCAGUAAAGAAAACAUUGGUUAUAAUUAUUACACUAGUAGUAAUAAUAAUAUUCAGUGUGCUACUGCUUCUCCUUCAAUUCUUCAUUUUCCAAACACAACACAUGACAACAACGUCAAAAACCCACCAACUAAACCACAACAACUUAAGAAAUGGAAUAUAUUUCAAAAGGCAGUUGGGGCCGCCAUAGAUAUGGUGGAAACCGCCCUAGUGAGCCUAGAGCGGUCUCAACCACUCCCGAAGACGUCCGACCCGAAAGUGCAAAUAGCUGGAAAUUUCGCCCCUGUGCCGGAGAUGCCAGUUAAACAAUCUCUCCAUGUAACGGGCGAAAUUCCGGGUUGCAUUGAUGGAGUUUACGUACGAAACGGUGCUAAUCCGUUGUUCGAGCCGACUGCUGGUCACCAUUUGUUUGAUGGGGAUGGGAUGGUUCAUGCUGUGACUAUCCAUGACGGUGUUGCUAGCUAUGCUUGUCGGUUUACUGAGACUAGUAGGCUAGCACAAGAGCGUGACCUCGGGCGAGCCGUGUUCCCAAAAGCAAUCGGUGAAUUACAUGGUCAUUCCGGGAUUGCGAGGCUCAUGUUGUUCUACUCCCGUGGGCUUUUUGGAUUAAUAGACAAUGAACAUGGUAUGGGAGUUGCUAACGCUGGCUUGGUAUACUUCAAUGACCGGUUACUUGCUAUGUCCGAAGAUGACAUACCCUACCAAGUAAGGGUCACCCCAGCUGGUGACCUUAAAACGGUAGGUCGAUUUGAUUUUAAAGGUCAGCUAACAUCCACGAUGAUAGCUCACCCUAAACUCGACCCUGAGUCGAAAGAGCUAUUCGCUCUCAGCUAUGACGUCCUCAAAGCGCCGUAUUUGAAGUAUUUUAAGUUUUCCCAAGACGGGGAGAAAUCAGCAGACGUCGAUAUCCCGUUAAAUGAACCUACUAUGAUGCAUGAUUUCGCGAUCACUAAGAAGUUCGUAGUGAUCCCAGACCAACAAGUUGUGUUCAAGAUGAAGGAAAUGAUUACCGGAGGAUCACCCGUUGUAUACGACAAGAACAAAACGUCGCGUUUUGGUAUAAUGCGUAAGGAUGCUAAAGAUGCAUCAGAUAUUACUUGGGUAACCUCCCCUCAUACAUUUUGUUUCCAUCUGUGGAAUGCCUGGGAAGAAUCUGAAACCGAGGAAAUUGUGGUAAUUGGAUCAUGCAUGACUCCUCCUGACUCUAUUUUCAAUGAGUGUGACGAGAAUCUUCAAAGUGUGCUAUCCGAAAUCAGGCUGAAUCUACGGACGGGUGAGUCGACUCGACGACCCAUUAUUGAUUUUAGCCAACAUCCUCAUAUAAAUCUUGAGGCCGGUAUGGUGAAUCGGAACUUACUUGGACGAAAAACCCGGUUCGCUUACUUGGCCAUAUCGGAACCUUGGCCUAAGGUAUCAGGGUUUGCCAAGGUGGAUUUGAUUACGGGUGAGGUAAAAAAGUUUAUGUACGGCAGUGAAAAAUAUGGUGGCGAACCAUUCUUUUUACCGCACGACAAUAGUAUCUUGGAUGAGUCAGAAGAUGAUGGGUAUAUCAUGGGAUUUGUCCACGAUGAGGAGGAAUGCAAGUCGGAAUUAUUGAUUGUCAAUGCACAAACUUUACAACUUGAAGCCGCUGUUAAAUUACCAUCAAGAGUUCCUUAUGGUUUUCACGGCACCUUCGUUAGAUCAGAGGACUUGAGUCAUCAGGCUUAACAAACUUCACAUUAUAGCAUCAUCGUGAAAAUUACUAAUAGGAGAGUUAUAACCAGAGGGAUGUUGGAUGAAAACGGGGUCCCCGGGACUCUCCUAGAUAUCUACUACAAUUCAUACCAAAAAUCAGCCAAAUAAUUUUUUAUUUUAUUUGGGGGGUACAUUUUUGGCUGACAUGAUUUUUUUUUUUUGUGUUUUUUGUGUUUUUUGUUGGACAACCAACAAAUUUAAUUAGAUCUUAGCUCUCUUUGGACAUUAGUAGGACAUUAGGUAGGAGUUAUUGCCUUGUUUUUUGCUUAACAAUUUGGCAACGGAGUGUGAAAUAUCAGCUAUGUAGAUAGUUAAUCAUUUGUGUUGCAAAUUUUGAAGCUCGAAUUUCUGCUGC